AUGGAUCGAAUCUCCAGCUGUAGGAGAGCUUUAGGAAAAUGGAAAAGGGAGAGAGAUCUCAAUUCUGCAAAAUUGAUCGAGGAUCUUAAGUCUAAGGUCGAUAAUCUUAAUACAGAUGACACUGCCACGACAGAAGAAUUAGGAGAAGCUAUCAAAGAACUGACAGCAGCUCUUAAAGCAGAAGAGCAGUUCUGGAAGCAAAAAAGCAGAGAGGAAGAGAAACUUGUAGCCGUUGCAACAAGUUAUUUCAGAGAGUUGUUUACAUCUUCUAAUACUGAGCUAAUCGAAGAGGCUCUGGCGAAUGUGAGCACGUCCAUUACUGAUCGGAUAAACACUGACCUUACGUCGGCCGUUACGGAAUUUGAAGUCAAAGCAGCACUCUUUGCGAUGCACCCAGAAAAGGCCCCAGGACCAGAUGGUUUCACUGCACUGUUCUAUCAAAAAUUUUGGGAUGUUGUUAAGACUGACUUAACCCGUAUGGUUAAUGAGUUUCUAUUUGAAGGAAAAAUGGCCAAUGGACUUAAUGAUGCAAAUAUAUGUCUGAUUCCUAAGAAAGAGAACCCUGAUGAGAUGUCCCAUUUCAGACCAAUUAGUCUAUGUAAUGUUAGCUACAAGAUAAUAUCAAAGGUCCUAUGCCAACGAAUGAAGAAAAUAUUGCCGGAUAGGAUAUCUGAAACCCAGUCAGCCUUUGUUGCUGGAAGACAGAUAACCGAUAAUGUACUGAUAGCACAAAAAAUGUUUCAUGCCCUGCGUACAAAUCCUGGCAGUAGGGAGAAGAGAAUGGCUAUAAAAACGGACAUGAGCAAGGCUUAUGAUAGGUUAGAAUGGGACUUCAUAAACGCGGUGAUGAAAAAGAUGGGUUUCGCUGAUAUCUGGAUUGAAUGGAUAAUGAGAUGUGUUUCAUCGGUGAAAUACCAUGUCCUAUUCAAUGGUCAACCAAGAGGUAAUAUAACCCCACAUAGGGGUUUGAGACAAGGAGAUCCUAUGUCUCCUUUCAUCUUCAUUUUAUGCACGGAAGCGCUCGUUAGCCUUCUUAAUCAUGCAGAGAGUCAAGGAAAGUUAACGGGGAUGCGUGUUUCUCGCCCUAGCCCCUCGGUUUCCCACCUUCUCUUUGCUGAUAAUAGCCUGUUCUUCUAUAAGGCGGAGCCCCGUGAAUGUGAUGAAGUAAUGAGAGCACUAACAACAUAUGGAAAAGCCUCUGGACAAUGGAUCAUAAACGAGGAUGGAAUGGGAACAUAUCUUGGCAUCCCUGAGGACAUCAGUGGAUCAAAAGUAAGGCUCUUUGCCUACUUGAAGGAACGCCUGCAGAUUCGCGUCAACAGCUGGACAGGAAGAAUGCUCUCUAGAGGUGGGAAAGAGGUGCUCAUAAAAUCGAUAUUACUGGCAUUGCCCACGUAUGUGAUGUCUACACUGCUUCUACCAUUGGAGACUUGCGAAAACUUAGUUAGUGCCAUUGCACAGUUCUGGUGGAGUUCAAACCCGCCGAAAAGGGGGAUACACUGGGUCAAAUGGGAAAAAGUAUGUAAACCUAGAGAAGAAGGAGGUAUAGGAUUCACAGUCAUCCACGAAUUCAACCUAGCAUUACUUGGGAAGCAGUUAUGGCGUCUAGUACAAUUCCCGAAUUCAUUACUGGCUAGAGUCUUGAGGGGAAGAUAUUUCAGAUGUAGUACGCCUUUGCGUCUAAACAAAACGUCAAAUCCCUCAUAUGGAUGGACGAGUAUCAUGGCUGCCAAGGAAUUGAUACUGACGGGUAUCAGACAGAAAGUCCAUUCUGGGAAUGAGAUCAAGGCAUGGGAGGAUCCUUGGAUCCCAACGAUCCCAUCUAGGCCGGCCAGAACCUGUGCUCCAGUUGUACAUCCAUUGAUGGCAGUAAGUGAGCUCAUGACGGGCAAUCCGAGGUGCUGGGAUGCAGAGAAACUAGAACAAUAUGUUCAAAGGGAGGAUAUUGAGCUGAUAACAUCAUUGGCCGUAAACCAAGACUUUUCUCGUGAUGAAUAUUGCUGGAGUUAUACGAAGAACGGAAUGUACACGGUCAAAUCUGGUUAUUGGGUAGCAACUAAUUUGCUUAGAGAAAACAUCUCGGAGCCUGAGCCAAGUAUCUUAAAACUCCAAGCCUUUGCUUGGAAGAUAAAGGCUCCACAGAAGAUCAAACAUUUCAUAUGGCAAGCUAUAUCUGGACAACUAGCUGUUACUAGUAACCUAAUCCAUCGUCAUAUGCGAUGUGAUAAUCAUUGUCCUAGAUGUGGAGCUGAGGAUGAAACCAUUAAUCAUGCAUUAUUUGAAUGUCCCCCAGCGAUUCAAACUUGGGCACAUGCUGCGACUCCUACUCCUUCAGCUAAUUUUCCCAGUGCUAGUCAUUUCUCGAAUAUUGAUUAUCUAUUUUGGAGAAAGAAUGACAUUGAAGACCCGGAGCUCGAUAAGGACCCAUACCCAUGGAUAUGGUUUAUAUGGAAAGGAAGAAAUGAGAAGCUAUUCAGAGGAAUAGACAGGGACACCUUGGAAACUGCAAGACAUGCGAAAUCGGAAUGUCAUGCUUGGUUUGCUGCAAACCGGAAGGAAGAAGUAAUGAGACUGCCAGAAAAUACAGCUCCUCCUAUAGAGACUGAAAUAUGCUUGAUUGAUGGCUCCUGGACACAUAAUGCAUUCUUUAGUGGUUAUGGUUGGACAUGGAAGAAUACGGAUGGAGGAAUCCAGCUACUGGGUGCAAGGAAUAAACCUCGAAGAAUAUCAGCUUUACAUUCGGAACUUGAAGCGUUAGUAUGGGCGAUGGAAUGUAUGCUGCAAGUGUCAAACUGUCAGCUCUUUGGAACUGACUGCAAGGAUUUGAUAGCAAUGAUCAAGGACCCUGGAGCAUGGCCGAACUUCUCAACUGAACUGAAAGAGCUUCUCAAGUUGAAGAGCAGAUUCUCGGAGUUUUCAAUAAUAGUUUAUAUUUCACGCAAUGAGAAUGUAUCUUCUGAUUCAUUAGCUAAGAUAGCAAGAUCUUUCCAUAGGAACUUGUAUUACAUUGGUUGUUCUAUUCCGGUCUGGUUCCCCAGACCACCUCAAGCCUGA